UUUAAUUCGAAUCUGUGCUCAUUUAAAAUGAAGAUACUGUUUGCUUAAUUCUGCUUUUUGCAGAGUUGGGAAUUUUAUCGUGGGCCACAUGAUAAAAUUCUCAACAACUGAAAAAAGAGCUGAUUCCGGAGGAGGGCAGAGUUCAUUUGAAAAUGCCACUUGAGGUGGAAGACAAUUGGAUUUUACAAAAACAAUCAAAAUAAGUAGAAACAUUUAAAGAUAGCAUUUAAGUUACACAGACUGGUACCAUUCCCUUUCAGUGUAAUAUAAUUAAGGUUUUUCUUUUUGACUUUUCCUUUUUUUAUUUGGUUGAAUUCUGAGAGGACAGUUUAAAGAAAGUAAAUUAUAGUGUUCAGCAAUAUGAAUAAUGGUAUCCAGACUGUCAUAACAAAGGCUCAGGUCAGUGGCAAAGCAAGUGAGGUCUGCAUUACCAAUUUCACCAGUCCUGUGUAAGGAUCUGUAUAGAUGUUCCUUCAUUCUUAGAUGAUAGCAUAGCUUGUGCCUUAGCUUGAGUAUAUGUGCUUUCAGAAAACACCCAUGUUUUCCCUCUAUUAAAACUGAGAUUCAGUGAAACUAGCAGAUGGUUUCGCAAAACUUUCUGCAUUAUUUAAAAACAAACCAAACACCAACCAACCCAAACCCAAACAAACAAAACUCAAAAUAAAUAAAUAUCCCAAAAAACAAACAAAACAAAUGCAACAAAACAAACCACAUCUGCAGGUCAGUUGUUGACUACUGAGUAGCUUUUGCUGCAUCAAAGAGGGAAGAUACUUUGGGCAAUUUAUGUAGUGCUGUCCACAACACAUUACUUUUGUUCUAGUCCUUCCAGUACUGUUUUACACUUCAUGUACACAGUCCUGUAACAAUUUAUAAAUACCCCAAAAAUGACUGUAAGCCUCUGAUUUUUCCAUGUCUGGAAUCAGGGUUCCUUGGUGCUGCACACGUUGUAUCUGGCUUCUGCUUCAGAAGGGUUACGUGCUCGUCAAUAUUACAGGAAGUAGAUAUUUUUCUAGGAACGCUGAAUAGAAAAAAAAAACAAAACAAAAUAAAAAAAAAAACAAAACAAACAAAAAAAACAAGCCAAAGCCCUACAAGUCUAAUCACAGUAUUUAUUUAAUUUUAAUUGUGUAGAUAUUUUUUUUAUCAGUGCCAGAAAUGCCAUGACUUGCAAAGCAGUUUACAGUGACCUUUAGUUCUGCUGUUCUUGGUCAGUAGUAUGUUACAGUUGCACUUUUCCCCCUGUAUAAAUAGGAGAAGAUCUGGUGUGAAGUGCAUAAAACCCUGCUGAUAAUUUAUGAUUGACUCGCUGCUCGUUUUACACCUUCUCUGCUUUAAAAUCACACAUAGUAUUAAACAGCUAAGGAUGUAGUUUAAGUAAUGUUUGUUUUGCCUUAAUAGAUGCAAAAGAGCAGUGAUAAUUGCUGUGCACUGAUUGUUUUUUCAUAUGGGUUAAGCCCUGUAUAAACUAUGCCAAUAUAUUUCCACUCCAACUGUCAGAGGAAAAUAAACAGCCCUGCACUUUCUUUAGAUGCCUUGAUUUCCUGGAAUGGAGCAUAGUGCUACUGUGUGUCUGGCUGCAGAGCCUCCUCAGGAAGUCCCUCUUUUUCGCUCUCCUUUGUUUUUUUUGUCUUUUCCUUUUUCUAAUUUAUUUAUAAAUAUGAAUGUUUACAUAAAGUGUAGGUCUUAACCUUGACCACUCCAUUUAAAUUAUCAUCUAAAAUAUUUCACUUAAAAUGCAGUCUCAUGUUUAAAUUAUAUUCUACAGAACUCAUUUGUAGUAUUUUCAUAUGUAUUACAGUGACACACUUUUCAUUCUGUUUACAUAUUCCCAAGUUAAUUACACUUUCUCCUAGAUUAAUUUUGCAGCUACAACACAAUAUCUUCUAUGAUUGUUCAGUGAAAUGUUCCAAAUUGCCAAGUUUGUCAUCAUAAAGCCUGUUAGGGUAGAGUUUGGUGCCCCACUGGGGGUUUUUCUUUGUCUUGGAUAUUUUUUGCUACAUUUAAUGGAAAUUCUCCUGUAAGUUCUUGCUUCUCCGUCUUUACAUGGUCACUUCCUAAUCUGUGCCCUUUGCAAAGGCAGGUUCAAAAGGCUGUAAGUUGGGUCUGUAACAAAUAGGUGUUGUGUCACAGAGCCUGCACCAUUCUACAGGGUUCUCUUGUACAUACAUUCUGUGCAGCGUGAGAUGAGCGGUUCAUGACUUUCAGUUCACCAGUGUAGUCUGUUAGAUGAGCACCACCAUGACCUUAGUUUUCCUUUUGCUUUAUAUGAUUAGUAAUGUUUUAAUUACUCAUCUAGGUCAAAUAAUCAUCAAGUACAGUACCAGUGUGUGAAAUAACUUUGUGUAUAUCAACAGUAAUUUAUUGUACAGCAAAUUUUAAGACUUAGAGGCACAAGGCUUUGAGUCAGCGUAAAAGUAGUGCUAUAAAUAAACCAAAUUGUUUAAUGAUUUUGAGUUGAUUUUAUUUUGUAUCAUUUCGUGAAAACUCAUUGGGCUUUGUAGCUGGCAUUGAAGUUAACCUAGACACUUUCAUAUUGAAUUUAGUAACUGUUGAUGUUUAUUUGGAAUAAUGAGUUUGAAAAUCAGUACUUUUCUAAAUGAUUUUAGUGGCAGGACACAUCCUUUAUACUAUUUUUCUUUCUACUGUUGCUGAUUCUCCUGAGCAAAGGUGUCUUCCAGGGUUCAGCAUCUGUAGCUGAGCCACAUCUUUGAUUUUAAUACUGGUUAUUUGAAAUGUGAUUACAUACUGUACGGUUCGAAGUUUUUAUGACUGCUUUUCUAAUUACAGUGAUGUUUUCUUACUUCACAACAAAACCCAAAGCAGAUGAAAACAUCUCUCUGAACGCAGAAUCGACAUUACGUUUAUACAGGAAAAACGCAGCUCUCAGACGUGUCUUCAAUGUGAAAGAUCCAGCUUUUGUUGUUUUCAUUACUGCUAGAAUAAAAUUAUCUUUUGUAAUGUUUCACAAAGUCGGUAAAAGCAAUAAAAAUCUACUGGACUUUAUGUAGGCUGUGUCUGGUUUUGUUUUAGGUAGGUUAUGUGCUAGGUGGGUGCUGCGGGGAGCAGUACGGGAAGCGGCCCCUGCGAGUAGAGCUGCGGCUGUUCUCGUCCGUUCUUAUGGCAACGGCUGCCGCUAUCGCUAGGAUACGGCGUCGCUGUGGAACACGGCGGCAUGCGAUUGGCCGACGAGGCCAUCUCUUCGAAGAACACGGGCUGCGAUUGGCCCGCGGGGCGCGGUUUAGCUCCGGCGGUCGGAGCUGUGCCGCAGCCAGGCGAGGAGCAGGGCGAGCCGAGAAAUGAGUUCUUAGCCACGUGAUGGUAAUAGUGAUACACAAUGCCUGAUCAGGACAAAAAGCUGAAGACCACAUUAAAAGCAGCAGAGAAAAAACCUCAUGGGAUCUCUGUGAGGGAUUAUUCUGAUCUUAAAAGACUUCAGUCUCUCUUAAAUGUGCAGUUAAGGAACCAACAGCUUCCAGCUAUACAUUUCGAAAACGGUCGAACCAGUGUGACAAGAGCUUGGCAAAAUGUUAAAAUCAGUGAACAAAAACCCCAUGGUCAAUGGCAAGCAUCAACAGAAGCUGUUCAGCUUGAAAACUUUAGUGUGACCUACAAGAAUGAGAGGAAUUUUAGCAAACAUCCCAGCCAUAAGCUGUUUCAAGAGAUCUUUACAUCUUUGGUGAAGAACCGACUUACCUGCAGGGAAUGGGUUAAUCAAGCUUCGUCCGUCCAUUUUCUUAGAGUAUUAAUCUGUCUGAGAUUAUUAAUAAGGGAUCCAUGCUAUCAGGAAAUGCUCCACAGCUUGGGUGCUAUUGAAAAUCUAGCUCAGUAUAUGGAAACAGUAGCAAAUGGCUAUCUUGAUUACGGAGAAGAGCAGCAUAAUGUAGACAAGUUGGUCAACAUGACAUACAUUUUCCAAAAGCUUGCUGCUGUUAACAGUCAAAGAGAAUGGGUUAUAGCAAGCAGAGCACAUAAAACCUUGGUAAAUUUGUUAUCUGCCAGAGACAACAAUGUGCUUUUAGGUGCCCUCCUUGCUCUGACUAGUCUAGCAGAAAGUCCAGAAUGUAGGGAGAAGAUAAGUGAGCUCAGCAUUGUUGAGAAUUUGCUGGUGAUACUGCGUGAAUACGAUUUGCUUUCUAAAAGGCUUACAGCAGAGUUGUUACGUCUCCUCUGUGCAGAGUCACAGGUGAAAGAGCAAAUAAGAAUGUAUGAGGGAGUUCCAGUCUUGCUCAGUUUACUCCAUUCUGAUCAUAUCAAACUUCUAUGGAGUAUAGUUUGGAUUCUGGUACAGGUUUGUGAGGAUCCUGAGACUAGUGUGGAAAUCCGGAUUUGGGGUGGAAUCAAACAGCUCCUUCAUAUUUUACAGGGGGACAGAAAUCUUGUUUCUGAUUGCUCUUCAGUUGGAAGUCUAUCCAGUGCGAAUGCAGCACGGAGAAUACAAUAUUUUCAUUUGUCAAAUGAUUUGAGUCCUGAUGAGAUGCAAGAAAAUACUUUCUCCCUUCAAGCAGCCUGUUGUGCAGCAAUUACUGAGCUGGUGCUCAAUGAGACUAACUCUUACCAGGUUGUACAGGCAAAUGGAAUAUAUACAAUAGCAAAGCUGAUUUUGCCAAAGAAAGAAAGAAAUGCUGAAAACGCGAAUUUAUUACAGUGUUACGCUUUCAGAGCCCUGAGAUUUCUCUUCAGUAUGGAAAGAAAUCGGCAUAUCUUUAAAAGACUUUUCCCUACUGACUUGUUUGAAAUCUUCAUUGAUAUUGGACAUUAUGUGCGUGAUAUCAGUGCUUAUGAAGAGUUGGUAUCAAAGCUAAAUUUAUUAAAGGAAGAUGAAUUCAAGCAAAUUGCUGAAAGUAUUGAGAGCAUGAAUCAGAAUAAGGCACCUACAAAACAUAUAGGCAAUUAUGCAGUUUUAGAGCACCUUGGCUGUGGAGCUUUUGGAAGCGUAUAUAAGGUUAGAAAGUGUAAUGGACAAAAUCUCCUAGCAAUGAAGGAAGUCAAUUUACACAGUCCAGCAUUUGGAAAGGACAAAAAAACCAGAGACAGCAGUGUAAAGAACAUUGUCUCUGAAUUAACCAUCAUCAAAGAGCAGCUUUAUCAUCCAAAUGUUGUACGGUACUAUAGAACGUUCUUGGAAAAUGACAAGUUGUACAUAGUCAUGGAGCUCAUAGAGGGAGUGCCAUUGGGAGAGCAUUUUCACUCUUUGAAAGAAAAGCAACAACACUUUACAGAAGACAGAAUAUGGCGUAUAUUUAUCCAACUUUGUCUAGCUCUUCGUUAUUUGCAUAAAGAGAAAAGGAUUGUUCAUCGAGAUCUCACUCCAAACAAUGUCAUGCUGGGGGAUAAAGACAAAGUUACAAUUACUGACUUUGGUCUUGCAAAGCAAAAGCAAGAAAAUGGGAAACUUGCAUCUGUAGUGGGAACCAUUCUGUACUCAUGGAAUCUGUCCAAACCUGAAUUGCAUGAGGAUCUAAUCCAUUUUAUUGGACUACAUCAUUGUAAGCAAGUUCUGAAUGCUGCAGUUUAUUUGAUUCCAUUAAGUCCAAAGGCAUUCGAACAUGAAAUGAAUGGAAAAGACAAGUAAACAAAAUAUAAACCACUAGUAUUUGUGGGAACAACUGUGGUAGAAGUGGAAAAGCUAUUAAUGAUACUUCUA